CAUUGCAUCUGGAUAGCGAAUAAAAACAUCGUCAGAUAAAUUGUGUUGUUCUCUGAAAAAUUGGGAAAAUCCAUAUUAUCACUCCUCUUUUACGUGAAAUUGGAAUGUUAUAGCUGGGGACAACAAGGAAACUUUGACGACAUUGCAUCAGCCCAUGAAAAAAUAUGUCAGAAUUAGAUGCAUCCGCCACAGAGUCUCAGGAAUUGGGCUCUAACAAACGCGAAGACGGACGAUAUUGCUGGGUGUGUUUUGCCACAGACGAUGAUGAUGCACUUGCCUUGUGGGUGCAGCCAUGCAAAUGCAAAGGAACCACCAAAUGGGUUCACCAAGUUUGCCUGCAGCGUUGGGUUGAUGAGAAGCAGAAGGGCAACUCCCUCAAAUGUGUGGUGUGCCCACAGUGCCAGACGGAGUACAUAAUAGUCUUCCCCAAUAUGGGACCUAUGGUGAACUUCUUGGAAAUAGUUGACACGCUCAUCAAGCGCCUGAGUCCCUUCUUGGCUGCUGGUGUGGUUGUUGGUUCCCUGUAUUGGACGGCCGUUACUUACGGGGCCAUAACUAUUUUGCAGGUGGUUGGCCACAAGGAGGGGUUGUCCGUGAUGGAGAACUCUGACCCGCUCGUUCUACUAAUUGGACUCCCGGCUAUUCCAGUUGGCUUGGUGUUGGGCAAAAUGAUCCGAUGGGAAGAUGCUAUUCUGCGAUUCCUCCAGAAUCGACGAACGGUUGCCCGAAAAUUCCCCCUCCUGAACUUGGUUCUUCCUAUUAGUGACAGCGAGGAGAAUGUACCCAGCGAAAGCUCAUCCGCAGCACCAAUUCUGUCAGAUCCCGUUUCCGCCACCAGGAUUCUCUGUGGAGCCAUUCUUCUGCCUACCGUGUCUUCAAUAGUGGGCCGUAUUUUCUUCGAGUCAAUUCAAAAUAAUUUGCAUCGCACUAUUAUUGGUGGAUUGGCGUUUAUCACUGUGAAGGGUGCCCUAAAGAUUUACCACAAGCAGCAGCAAUUUGUGAGGAAGAAGCAACGAAAGAUUCUGGACUACUGCGAUGAAAAUGUGUCGGCGUAUGUAAGUAAAAAUCCUAGAUCAACUCGCUCAACUCAGGCCUCACAAUUGUAAGCUGUUUGACAAUGGGACGAGCAUCAAUCGUUGGAUAUUGUAUAUGUGGAGAAAUUAUUUUGCGAUGAAUUGAAACACACAUGAUUAAAAAAAAUUAAUAUUUUAAUUAUGUCAGAAGGCACAUAAAAACUAUUUCGCUGUUAAAUAAUACUUUUUUUUACUCGAAAUCACAGCAAGGCGUUUUCCGGGAUAA